AUGGAUGAUCUUAAGAGAAAACUCAGCUAUUAUAGCUUUACACAGCAGUGUGAAGAAGAGCUUGAAAAAGGCUUAAAAAUAUUGAGAAAUGUUAAGGUAAAAUAUUCAAAAUGUGCUGAAAGCUGUUAUAGUGGAGACCCUAUUCAGCUUGAAGACUGGAAAAAAGUUAGAGGAAACUGCGUAAAAGAAUGCCAAGAAAUGCAUGAUACCUUUUUUGGGAUUUUUAACAAAAAAUUCCCUAAUGACAGCAAUCAAUGCAAAAAAUGUGUGUUUGGAUGUGCUUCGGAGUACCCUGUAUCUAAAUACGGAGAAGAAGAUCUGACUAUUUGUGAAGAAAAGUGCUAUGAAAAGCUAUUAGGGAAUUUAAUUGAUAUGAAUUCAAGCUUGAAAGAAACUUAUAAAAGCACAUUUUUGGAGUCUUUUAAAGAAUAA